AUGGCAGAAGAAUCCACUCUCGAUCUCGAGUAUCGUGGUCGUAUAGCUGUUCUAACUAUUCAUAACGAGCGCAAGCUGAACGCGUUUACCGGCGCGCAGUACUACGACCUUGCACAGAAAUUACGAGAGAUUGCUACUCACGAUGAGGUCUUCACUACAGUCAUCCUGGCCAAGGGUCGAUUUUUCUCAGCAGGAGCUGAUGUAGGAGUUACUCGAAAAUCACCCGGAGAAGACAAUGAUUCGCAUAAACAGCUUUUGCAGACCUUUGUCGCCAAUAACCUAAACAUCACCCACGCCUUUGCGACUCAUCCCAAGAUUCUCGUCAUAGGCCUCAAUGGCCCUGUUAUCGGACUCACAGCUGCUCUGGUCGCUUUUGCUGACUUCAUAUACUGCGCCCCUUCAACUUUCCUCCUUACGCCAUUUUCAUCCAUCGGUCUUGUCGCUGAGGGCGGUGCCUCACGAGCUCUGGCAUUGCGCCUUGGACCUGCACGAGCGAAUGAAGCACUUCUGAUGAGCCGUCGCAUCGGAUCUCAAGAACUGGAACGCUGCGGAUUUGUAAACGCCAUAUUUGAUGAAGGCGAUGAUGCCAAGUUUAGGGCGAGAGUGUUGCAUGAGGUAGACGAGAGGCUGGGAGACCAUCUCAAUGGAGACAGUUUGAUUGGGAUCAAGAAGCUGUUAAGGAAACCUGAGAUGGAUAUCAUGCACACGCAGAACGUGCAUGAGGUUUUUGCUGGCUUAGAGAGAUUCUUGACAGGAGUGCCACAAGAGGAGUUUGCAAAGCUGGCAAGUGGUGCCAAAAGGCACAAACUAUAG